AUGAUGAAAACCACUGAAAUGGAGUCACUAAUACCUAAACCAACUAGGUACUUACGGAGGCGGCGAUAUCAGCGCCUCGACGCUGAUGGCGCCGCCGCCGGUGACGGGAAGAAAGCAAAGGUUAUAAGGUUGAGAAGAAGGCAGUGGAGGAUGAGAGUAGUUCCGAGGUUAACAUGGGCUAUUAGAUCCCCGUUGAAGAUGUGGACAAAGCUUAAGAACACUUAUGAGAAGUUUAUGUUGAGGUCGAUGAACUCUGAGACAACGUUUGGAAAUCAAAAGACUCGCGAUGUUUCUAAGGAUUAUUCGAGGGAUGCUUUUGAGGCUAGGCUUAUAUUUGAGAUCUCUAAAGCUUUGGUUGCUUCUCAUGAACUAAAUUCCAAGUAA